AUGGGAAGCUUCAUCCUCUCGUAUCUCAUUUUGCUUAUAUUUGGCACUCUUUACCCUGCGUAUUAUUCUUACAAAGCCGUGAAAUCAAAGGACAUCAAAGAAUAUGUCAAAUGGAUGAUGUACUGGAUCAUAUUCGCGCUCUUCACGACAGCAGAGACAUUCACGGAUAUCUUUCUUUGCUGGUUUCCAUUCUACUAUGAACUCAAAAUAGCUUUUGUAGCUUGGCUGCUGUCUCCAUACACAAAAGGCUCCAGCCUCCUAUACAGGAAAUUUGUCCAUCCAACGCUGUCUUCAAAAGAAAAGGAGAUCGAUGACUGCCUCAUUCAGGCAAAAGACCGGAGCUACGAUGCCCUUGUGCACUUUGGGAAGAGGGGGCUGAACGUUGCAGCCACGGCAGCUGUCAUGGCAGCUUCAAAGGUCUCUCAGCUACUUCAUUUACACUUGUAUUUGGACCAGAAAAAAGGGCAGGGACAGGGAGCCCUGUCUGAGAGACUACGGAGCUUUAGCAUGCAGGAUCUCUCAACGAUUCGUGGAGACAGCAGCAGCACUGUUCCUCCUUCGGUCACUGUACGAACAAGUAGCAAACAGAGCCAGCCAAAAACAUCCAGAAGUGCAUCAGAAGGCCCUGGCAGCUCAG